GUUAACUGGUACUUAACGCCCGUCAGCUCGCUCCGUUAACUCUUAGCCCGUGUCACUAACCGUUCCAUAAAAACUACACACACCUGGAAUUGUUUAAGCAAAAAGUACACAUUUUGGUAAAAAUUCGGAUGUUUAUAUGACAUCUUUGAGUAAUUAAUAGCUUGGAGGAUGAGUAUUUGGGAUGCACCUCCAAAGGAAGAAAGAAUAAUAAAGAAUCUCAUGUCCGUUGAUGGAGCUAGACUUGCAAUCCUGCGCUCGACUGCUCAAUACAUUCAACACCCGCCAAUCUCUUCCAAAGGGGAAGCAACUCCAUCUUGUUUUCCUCAAAAGGGGCAUCCUCAACUCUGCUCUCACAAUAGCCAAUCGUCUUCUUCAGAUGUACGCUAAGUGUGGACAAAUGACCGAUGCAAAAUUACUGUUCGACGAAAUGUCUCAGAGAAAUUGCUUCACUUGGAAUACCAUGAUUGAAGGGUACAUGAAAUGGGGAAAUACAAACAACUCUCUGGACUUGUUUCGUUUGAUGCCUUCCAAGAAUGAAUUUUCUUGGAAUGUAGUCAUUCUUGGCCUUGUCAAAGCUGAGGAGUUGGGUGUUGCUAGAAGACUUUUCCAUGAAAUGCCACGUAAGAACGAAAUCGUUUGGAAUUCACUCAUUCAUGGGUAUGCGAAAACGGGGUUCCCUGGUGUGGCUUUAUGCUUAUUUAAGGAGUUUAUAGAAGGGGAUUUUCAUGAAAUGUGUGGUGCAUCACGUAUAGAUUCCUUUGUUUUGGCAACUGCAUUAGGGGCUUGUGCUGAAACGAGAGCUGUCGAUUUGGGGAAGCAAAUUCAUGCUCGUACUAUAGUCGAUGAAGUUGAAGUUGAUUCUGUGUUGGCAAGUUCUUUAGUUAACAUGUAUGGAAAGGGUGGUGAUUUGGAUAGCGCGAGUUACAUUUUGAACAGAAUGCAGAACCCUGAUAACUUUUCCUUGUCAGCAUUGAUAUCAGCAUAUUCAAACUGUGGUAGAAUGGAUGAUGCUAGAAAGAUCUUCAAUCUUAUAACUGAUCCUUGUAUUGUAUUAUGGAAUUCCAUGAUAGCAGGGUACGUGGCAAGCGAUAAAGUGUCAGAGGCAUUAUUGCUUUUUGAGGAGAUACACAGAGAGGCUGUUAAAGCGGAUUCCUCUACAUUAGCUAGUGUAUUGAAUGCAUGUGCUACUGCACAUUCCCUUAAAAAUUGUUUGCAAAUGCAUGCUUAUGGUUGUAAGCUUGGACUGCUAGAUGACCUUAUCGUUGCUAGUGCUCUAGUUGACACAUAUGCUAAAUGUGGACGUCCUGAUGAAGCUGCCGGUGUUUUUAAUGAACUCAAAAUACAUGACACAGUCUUGCUAAAUUCUAUGAUUACCAUUUAUUUUAGUUGCAACAGAACUGAAGACGCGAGACAAUUAUUUGAGUCAAUGCCCUAUAAGAGCUUAAUAUCUUGGAAUUCCAUGUUAAUUGGUCUUAGUCAAAAUGGUUGUCCAGUUGAAGCACUGGAUCUUUUCUGCAGGAUGAAUAGGAUGGAUUUUAGGAUGGACAAAUUUAGUUUUUCAAGUGUGAUCAGUGCCUGUGCAAGCAUUGCAUCAGUUGAACUUGGUGAACAGAUUUUUGCAAGAGCUGUUAUCAUCGGUAUUGAUUGGGAUCAAAUAAUUUCUACCUCCUUAAUUGAUCUUUACUGCAAGUGUGGUUUUGUUACUGAUGCCAGGAGGCUUUUUAACCAAAUGAUGAAAUCCGACGAGGUUUCAUGGAAUUCUAUGUUGAUGGGUUAUGCUACAAAUGGUUAUGGAAAUGAAGCAUUAAAUCUAUUCCACGAAAUGAGAAGUGCGGGUGUUUUGCCAACAAAUAUCACAUUUAUUGGAGUCUUGUCUGCCUGUGAUCAUUGUGGUCUACUGGAAGAGGGAAAAAGGUGGUUUUAUUCAAUGAAUUAUGAUUACCACAUUGAUCCAGGGAUUGAACAUUACGCCUGUAUGGUAGAUCUUUAUGCACGAGUAGGUUGUCCUGAAGAAGCAGUAAACCUAAUUGAAAAGAUGCCAUUUGAGGCAGAUUCAAGCAUGUGGUUAUCCAUUUUGAGAGGAUGUGUAGCUCAUGGUAAUAAGAUACUAGGAGAGCUUGUGGCCAAACGCAUUAUAGAGCUUGAUCCUGAGAAUUCAGGUGCUUUCGUGCAAUUAUCAAACAUAUUUGCUACAUCUGAGGACUGGGAAAGAUCUGCUUUUGUCCGGAGGCUGAUGACAGAAAAGAAAAUCUACAAGAUUUCUGGUCGAAGUUGGAGUGAUAUGUAAGAAGCGCAUAGGUUCAGGUCUCUGGAUAGUUAUUAUAGUAGUGGGAGAAGUGCUGUGAGGUUCUUGACAUCUUGGAAUUGUCUAGAUGCAUAGAUGAGGAGUUCUUAGCUAUUCCCAUCACUAAGGAGAUAAAAAUGAGUUUCAGAAAUUUGCUGGGGGACUCUAUACGACUACAGUUGAGAUUGGCGUUGUGAUCAUGGGGAUGAUAAAAGCCUGGUCUUACCACGUAUGGUAGCAGCAACUCAAGUAAUUGUUGCUCCUAUUCCCUUCAAAGGAUGCUGACACUAAAGGGAUCUUUGAUGCUUGUGUUGCCAUGGUUAAAAACUUGAAUGUAUCAGGUGUUCGUGCUGAGGCAGACUUAAGAGACAACUCUUAACUGGAUGGAAAUAUUCACUGGUAGAAUGAAGGGGGAUUCCUCUUAAGAUGAUUGAACUUGGACAAAACAGCCUUGCAAACUACCAGGUAAGAGCUGCUCGACACUACAAUGCAGCCAAAACAGAUAUUUGUGUGGCUAAUCUAGUCGAACAAGUAAAAGAUAUCCUCGCCUCUGUCCAAUAAAAUCUAUUUGCUGUUGGAAAACAAAAGCGAGAUGCUUGUCUUCAGGUUGUAAGAACCUGGGAUGAAUUUGUGGAAGCACUGAACCAAAAAAGAUAUUGGUCUUGGCUCCUUGGUGGUUAUGAGAGAAUACAAAACAGAAAGGGAGAACAUAUCACCUAGUAGAAGUGAAGGGUCCGGGAGAUUUGUUGGUGAAGUCAUUCACAGUGACAGGGGUGCACCAAUGUGAGACACUACGAUCGAAGAAUUCCCAAUCAGGUAAAAUAACACCACAUAUAGCUAGCAUUCCAAACAAGUAAGUUGCCACCAUUUUGUAGAAAGACUGAGUGUAUAGACCAAUCAACACUAUUAUUGCUGCCAAGCAGCUUACCGAUGUCCGAAAAAUGGUCUCGUUAUUCAUCAUGCUAAAUACUUCAAGCUCCGCCCCUUCUUUCAAAAAAACAGCGCUAAUGAGCAAGAAAACAGUUAUGCUAAGGCGUGACGACUUUUCGUGCAACUGCUAUGACCUUGCUUCUUGCCUUAUCUUGCUUAGUAAAGCAACCUUUGGGACCUGUGUUUCUACUAAGUACUACUUUUAGCUCUGUCUUGAGUAUUUCUCACUGCAGUUAUUGCGUAUGGCAAAGAUUAAGAGGAGGAAGAAGAUGAUGAUUUUUUUACAGAGGAGAUAAGAUAUUGCUGUGGAACAUACCGACUGAUAGAAUGGUGUUUAUUGCUGGAUAUAGCUAAACGAGGGAGUUAGUUGAGACUGCAUUUAAAGCAGAUUAAGACUGCAUUUCUGAGUUGAUACAUAUGUACACUUCUUAUCUUGCCAAAUAAACUGGCAAUUAAUCUGAAUUAUCUUUUUCUUUUUU